AUGCUGCUCCUGCUGCACCUGCUGCCAGCCCUGCUGCCCCCCGCCGCCCUGGCCGGCUGCACCGGCGCUGGCGCUGACCGGCAGCUCAUCCUGGCCAAGGUCCGGGCACGGGUGCUGGAGCAUCUGAGCCCCCCUGCGCCCCAGGCAGCACCCCAGCAGGAAGGGAAGAGGGUGCAUCGGCGAGAUGUCCUGGAGACCCCAGAAGUCCCACAUGAAGAGUUGGAGGACACCUCCCAGGUGAUCCUCUUCCCUUCCACAGACGUGCCCUGCGAGCCCACGCAGCCGGACAAGCUGCUGGAGGAAGAAGGGAUUUUCACCUACCUCUUCCAGCCGUCCCCCCACAUCCUCAGCCGCGCCGUGACGUCAGCCCAGCUCUGGUUUUACACCGGCCCCGCAGCUGCCCGCAACCACUCGGCUCCAGACGUGCUGACCCUGUCGCCGCAGGGCCGCGUGCCCGUGGUGGCCACGGCGGUGCAGGCGCCCGACCACUGGACGGUGUUUCACUUCGCGCCCGCCUUGCUGUCCCACGUCGCACAGCCGCUCUUCGUGCUGCUGGUGCGCUGCCCCGGCUGCCCCUGCCUGGCCGACGGGGAGAAGAUGCCCUUCCUGGUGGCCACCACGCAGGCCAAGGGUGGCGAGCGGACUCGCCGCUCCGCCGUGCCCUGGUCCCCGGCUGCCCUCGGCCUGCUGCAGCGCCCGUCGGAGGACGUGGCCGCCCACACCAACUGCCGCCGGGCCUCCCUCAACAUCUCCUUCGAGGAGCUGGGCUGGGACAACUGGAUCGUGCACCCCAGCAGCUUCGUCUUCCACUACUGCCACGGCAGCUGCUCCGAAGGCCACGGCCUGAGCCACCGGCUGGGGGUCCAGCUCUGCUGCGCCGCCCUGCCGGGCACCAUGCGCUCGCUGCGCGUCCGCACCACCUCCGACGGCGGCUACUCCUUCAAGUAUGAGACUGUGCCCAACAUCCUGGCCCAGGACUGCACCUGCGUGUAGCGCCCAGCUGGGCCCCACGCCAGGGGUGCCCCCCCACCCCCACCCCAGCCUGCCCCACGGCACCCCGCAGCCCUGCCCCAGCCCCCCAGCAGACGAUGAUCCUGUCCAGGGUGACGGAGGAGUCACAGGAGCCCUGCUCCAUGCUGCAGUGCCAGCCCUGCUCAGGGAUGGGGAUGGGGAUGGGGACAGGGACGAGGCAGGCACCCUGAGCGCCCUGCCCCACGGUGCCCCACACGACCCAGCGUUUCAGCGCUCCUGCUGCUGGGGCAUCCUUGGCCACACCACGUGGGCCAGCAUGCCGGGGACCAGGACGGGCGCAGCCUUCUGCAGAGGAGCUGGCAGACAUAUACCCCCGGCCAAAGGAGGGCUGGCCUCUCCAACCAGCUCAUCCCGCAUUUCUUCCCGCCCACUCCUCCCCCUGCACUUUGACCCCCCAAAUAAGACUGAAGUGUGCAAACAGGUCCCACUCCUGCUGCUUAGUGCAAAGCAGCCCAAAGGUAUCAGGGCACCAGGGGCACGGUUGGUGGUGGCACCUGCAGCAUCCCACGGGCUGCCCGUGUGGAGUUGGCAGCGAAGCCCUCACAAGCCUCAUCCCAGGGGCUCAAGGAGGAGUGGGAGCCACCCAAGAAAUCCCACUUGGCUCCCUGCAGGCCCCGGCCGGGCACGCGGGGCUGGAGAGCCGUGGGGUCGCUCCCACCAGCAGCCUGCCAGCCCAAGCUUCGCGGUCCCUACGGGUUUCGGGCACGGAAGUUGCCCCCAUGCUCCAGCAAGAGGCAGGCAGGGCCAGCUCGCGGCAGGGCAGGCAGACGCAGGGCUGGGGACAGGGGACAGCGCGCGCCGCGGCAGGCGAGGCUGGGAUCCUGCGCAGGUACGGGCGGCGCUGCAAGCAGGCGCUCUUUGAGCAGCAGAACCUGCUCGAAAGAUUAACGGGAUGAGUGAAAUAAACCUGUUUUUCUUUAU